AUGGCGGAGGCCGGCAGAACUGUGAGGGUGAGUGGUCUUCCCACAGAUGUUGAGGAUAACAAGCUGAGAGACAAGUUACUCAUACACUUCCUCCGAGCCAAGAAUGGAGGAGGGGAAAUCGAUUCCGUCAUUCUAACCAAGGCAACACCUGCCUCAGCCCUCAUCACCUUUGAGGACAGCAAAGUGGCACAGAGCGUGAUUGAACGCAGCUCACACGUCCUGGAAGUGGAUAUGAAGAAGUAUAAACUCACUGCAGUGGGGCAUCACGAGAGUUUGGACCCAGACCAGAUCAUCAUAAGUUUGUCAGCCACUGUAGACUACAGGCAGCUUCCUGGGGGAGCCACUGCAAUGACAAGUAUCUGUAAGAGUCAACACGGCGUCCAGAUGAGCCACGCUGCCAGCAAAGGGGCUUGCACGUUGCGUGGCCCCUACUCCAAAGUGCAGGCUGUCUUGGCUCAGCUGCUCGGCCACUCAAAGGGUCCAGAGACAGCAAACAACAACCGCUCGGAUCAGGUUGACCCGAGCUGUCCUCCGUCCACUCGUCCGCCGCAGAAGCCUCGUGUGUUUGAAGAUCAGAGUAAAAAAUCCACCAAGCAGAAAGAGAAGACCCGCACGAGCCACUCAUCUGCUGAGGACCACUGGAGUUCAACACGAGACCUGACUCCUGGUGUUCAUGGUUGGGAGGAUACCGGAAACGUAGACGGCACAGCGCUGCACCCCCCCGCCACAUCUCUCGAGGAGUCCUCCCUUAUUUUGGAUGCAGACAUGUUCCAGUAUCUACAGAAACACUUGAGCAGGGAAUACCAGAAUAUCCUCAGUCAGUAUGGUGUGAAGGUGAUAGACGAGACGAACCAGGGCUUGACCACUCUGUUCCUCCAUGCUGCGGGAACAGCAGAGGUAGAGGGCAGACCUGAGCAGGAGCGCUUGAAACUGGCCGGAAAGGCCAUAAGCCAGCUUUACCAGGAGAAUGAGACCAAGAUCCGGAGAGACCAGCUCCCAAAGAUGAUCCUGACCCCCAGAGGGGGGCUGCAAGCGGCACUGCAAAAUCUAAGUGUCAGAUUCCCAAAGCUUCUCCUGAAUGAAGACGAGAAAAAUAUUUACAUCAUUGGCAGCGAUAGCGAUGUGUCUGACGCCAAGACCAGCCUUCUCCUGAACCUCGGCGAAGAGAGAAAUAAAAGCGAAGAAGUAACCAGUGUUCUUGGAAGCCCUCUGUACGAUUCUGGGUCAUCAUCAGCCCGUGCUGACGGGCAGAGGGUCCCCCUCCCCGCACGCUCCACCGUCGACUGCUCAGACGAAAGGACAGAUCAGAUGCUGGGGUCAGAGGAUGAUGCAAUCAGAACUGGAGCACUUAAAAAGUAUAAGCUAGCUCCUUUGUUUAAAGAUUCAGGCCCGUCGAUAUUAGGCGGUCGACCGGCUGACUUCACCAUUCGAGCCAGCGCGUCGCCCAGUCGGCCGGCGCGACAGGGACCGAUGCGGGCGCACGACGUGCUGACGGAGAAGGGAGCAAGUUCUGGUGAAGCAGUCUCCACUGCAGUAGCCCUAAACACAGGAGGGGACAUAUUGUUCGAAUCCGGGAAUUUUCAUCCUCUGACCACUUCUGUGCAAAGUAAAACCUCUUUUAAUGCAGAUGGAGUGGACGUUCGACCCAAGAGUUCGGCUUAUCUUCUCAACCCCGCUCAUUCUAGUCUGUCAGGCAGCCCUGCUCUUCCACCCUCCGGGUCUGGAUCAGCCUUGAAGCGAGCCAAUAGUUUCUCAGGAUCACCUCAGCAGAAGACUCCAGCUGCGGGACAGAAAAGCCAGGACGACUCCAGCAAGUCCACAACCAGAACCAGGGGGAGGUCCUCCAGCUUUAGUAUGCCAGCAGGCAAGGACGAGCAGGAAGUCCACAGUGCACAGAUUUCUGUCUCUCGGGUCAUGUGGCAGUACAUAUCCGAAGCCUACCGGACCCGUUUGGAGGACCUGACAUCUGAUGUCCAGAUAAAAGAGAGCUUCCAAGACAGUAGUACGAAUCAGACCGUUACCAUAAAGGGGGCAGACUCAACCACAGUGAGAUCGUGUCUGCAGAGUUUACAGAAGCUAGUUGAGUUGGUGGGCUCAGACUUCUCCGUAGAGCAGCUGCUCCUGUCAGAGCUGGGCGUCACCGACAAAGCCGACGAAACCUUACAGGCUUGUUGCGCCGAAAUUAAGAGCCGCUUCAAGAAGGUUGCAAUUCACACGUCAAAGGAGUGCAUUUAUCUGGUCGGGCCUCAGCCGUUGUGCUCUCAAGUCGCCGACAAACUGCGGGAAGUGUUUUGUUUUGAGCCUGAAUGGCCCGGCUCCUCCGGCCCCUCUUCCGCUUUGAGGAAUUCGUUUGCUUCUUCACAAACGCACACGGACGGGCACACUGGUCUGUAUCUCAACAAUAAUUCAGAGGGGUUGCCAACUACCCAAACAGGCAAAGCUGGGACAAGUCCGGAAUGGAGAACAACCUACAAAAGUGACUUUUGUGACAAAGAUGUCAGUGGAUCUGUUGGUCCAUUUUCAGUACAGAAAGACUACGUCAUUCGGGAAAAAGUGAAGACUGCAAGCACCGUGGACGUAGACCAACACAAGGCUGGAGAUCAGCAUGCAAACAGAAGUGACACAAGUCCGGUGAACGGUAUUGAGGAAGAGCGAACCAUGUGUGCAACACAGACAGACAGCAAAAAGCAGAACGCUCACAAAGAAUCCAGGUCAAAUCAGGGAAGCUCCAUAAGCAUCUGUGUGUGUGGGGACAAUGGGAAGGCAUUGAUGAGGACAAAGUGCGGGGUUACCAUGUGCCCAAAGUGCCUGGAAGCAGUUCAUGCCACAUGCAAAGUUUGCCACGAAAAGGAGCAGAUGCCACCAGGCAUCCAGGGCGAAAUGAAGACCUCUAAACUGGCCAUCAGUUUGCCAGGUCACAGCAAGGGCUGCGUUAUCAAGAUCACUUACCGCAUCCCUGAUGGUAUCCAAGGGGAGGAUCACCCUUCUCCUGGAAAACCAUUCAGAGGAGGCAUAUUUGAGGCCUACCUGCCUGAAAGUCAGGCAACAAAGAAGCUGCUGCCCCGGCUGGAGAAAGCCUUCAGGCAGGGGCUCACCUUCACAGUAACAGGCAAAGAGAGAGAUGCCAGAGUUGACUGGGACUGCAUUCCACACAAGACCAGCUUACAGGGAGGCAAAGCAGAGAAAGGUUACCCAGACUCCUCUUACCUGACUCGCUUAUCAGAUGUCUUGAGCAGCUAUGGGAUUGAGUAG